CCUAUGCAAAACGAACAAUAUAACCUUUAUUAAUCAUCAUAACCUAGAAAACCGAUAAAUAUAUAUAUAAAAACCAGUGUAAUUAGUAAAAAACAAAAAAAAACUGUCCCUGGGAAGUGAGACGGCCCACAGAGUCGCGCCAAAAACGUGGAUCUACAGGCCAGGCAUCUUAUGUUUAACCAGGUGUACAAGGUGCUGGCUUUCAAGGGCUCCUCCACACCUACAGACACACGCACACACCACCAGAUACAGGAAGAAUUAAUUGAUGAGCUACAGAACUACAGCAUCGUUCAGGUGGCAGCCGGAGACCAGCACUCUCUUGCUCUCACCUCCUGGGGCCUGGCCAUAAACAGUGCACAUGCGGGACUGAGUCACUCGGUAAACACAGUGCAGCGGGCCGCGGGUGGCGCCAAGCAGUGCGCUGUGGUGGCCAGGGGACAGAGUAUGCCUUGUGCGGGAAUUUUAAUCGAUUUUAUCUACGCACGGGGUGACAAUGGGUACGGUGAGCUUGGCGUCAACUCCUGCGACAGUCACACCGCCACACGCAAGCUUGUCAAGAGUCUGGCCAGGAAGGUGACAGUGCAGCUGGCCUGUGGCGCCAACCACACCCUUGCCUUGACUGCUGAUGGUGACAAAAUACCUUGGGCCAGUUGGCACUUAGACACCGACAGGGGCCCCAGAAGGACCCUGCCCUGGUGACCUCCUUGGCUGGCACCCUCUUAGUCCUGCUGGCCGCUGCGGGUCACCACUCUGCUGCCGUGACCCAGGCCGGCUACCUGCUGUUGUGGGGGUCAAACAAGCAGGGUCAACUGGGCUAUACUCCCAAGGGUGAUCCUCUUGUUAGUGACACCCCAGCGUUGGUGCCGAAUUUGGCCUCUUAUUCUGAACCAAUUGGGUAUGUGGCACUUGGGGAGAGCCACACAGCGGCACUCGACUCUUUAGGGAAGCCUCUCCCUUGGCCAAGUCAGCACCGAGGCAGAGUUGAUUGAUAUACAGGUGUGAAUUCAGCUGCCUCUUCGCUGUUCCCGUUGCCAGGAUACCAUGUGAUCGAGGCAGUGUUGGGGAAGGUGAAAUUAUCCAUCAGGUGUGACGUGUGCUGCUUCACUCCAUCCCAUGAACAGUUGCCCACAGCAAUCUCUACCACAUCAGGCCUGACAUACUUCAUUGUGAUCAGGGAGUCGAGUUUCAUCAGGAAGAGAGGCUGUGUCACUACCUGUAAGCCUGACGAGGUGUUAGUUAAGUCAAGGAGCGUCAUCAGGAAGAGGGGCCGAGUCUUGCUACCUGUAAGCCUGACAAGAGGAGUCAAGGAAUUUUUCAUUGCAAUCAAGGAAGAGUCAAGUUGUAAGAAGAUUGUAAGGCAAGAAUUUUAAGCAGGAAUAAUUGUCAAGCAGUUAACAGCAGGAAGAAUGCAGCGAGAAAAGGGUACAAGAGUUUUCAAGUAAGAAGAUUGUAAGGCAAGAAUUUUAAGCAGGAAAAAGUAAGGUAAGAAUUUUAAGGAAUAAUUGUCAAGCACUUAACAGCAGGAAGAAUGCAGCGAGAAAAGGGUACAAGAGUUUUCAAGUAAGAAGAUUGUAAGGCAAGAAUUUUGAGCAGGAAGGAUAUUGUUAAGCAGUUUAGCAGCAGGAAGAGUCCCUUCAAGCUGUUGGUGGGAGUGACAAGCAUCCUUCAGGACUUGCAAAGGCUGAAGUCCUCAACACUAGUCUCACUCAAGUUGACACAGGAGCUCUCUGACACAAGGAAAACAAAUCAUUUAUCCUAUUGUGUAUUUAUUAAACUUUUGUGAUUAAACAAUAUAUAUAUUA